GUUAGGGUUCUGCUGUUUUUGUCUGCAGCUUGGCCUCCCGAGACGUGUUUCCAAAAGUAAUGUUUUGUCUUCAUUCUGAAAGAUGAGUUAUAAUUUAGAAAUGGAGGCUGAAGAAUUAAAUGGCAGAAAUUUGACAAUUGACUCCAUAAUGAACAAAGUGAGAGAUAUAAAAAAUAAGAUAAAUGAAGACCUUACGGAUGAGCUAAGCUUGAGUAAAGUCUGUGCUGACCCCACAGAAACUGUUAACCAAAUUAUGAUGGUGGCGAACACCCCAGAGAACUGGUUGAAUUUCUUGCUGAAACUAGAGAAAACCAGCGCCCCUCUCAAUGAUGUUCUUUUAAAUAAGCUGAUUGGUCGGUAUAGUCAAGCAAUUGAAGCGCUUCCUCCAGAUAAAUAUGGCCAGAAUGAGAGCUUUGCUCGAAUCCAAGUGAGACUUGCUGAAUUAAAAGCCAUCCAAGAGCCUGAUGAUGCGCAGGACUAUUUUCAAAUGGCCAGAGAAAACUGCAAGAAGUUUGCUUUUGUGCAUGUGUCUUUCGCACAGUUUGAACUGUCGCAAGGCAAUCUUAAAAAAAGUGAACAACUUCUGCAUAAAGCUGUAGAGAGCGGAGCGGUGCCGCUGCAGAUGCUGGAGGUUGCCAUCCGCAACCUGCACCUCCAGAAGAAGCAGCUGCUUUCAGAGCAGGACAAGAAGAGCUUCUCAGUACUAACUGCCCAAGAGUCAUUCGCCAGUUCACUUGGAAAUUUACAGAAUAGGAGCAUCAAUUGUGAUUCCAGAGGACAGGCUCCUGCAGCCAGGAUUUUAUAUGGAGAAAACAUGCCUCCUCAAGAUGCAGAAAUAAGUCAUCAAAAUCCCUUAAAGCAGACUACCAAAACUAAGCGGUCCUGCCCCUUUGGAAGAAUCCCAGUUAACCUUCUAAACAGCCCAGAUUACCAUGUGAAGACAGAUGGUUCAUCGGGGCCAAAUUUUACAAAAAGAAAGAUAUCUGGAUCAGAAUACCGAGAUUUGAUUGUGCCUGGAUCCAAAUCAAGUGGAAAUGAUUCCUAUGAAUUGAGAGGUUUAAAGCCCAUUCAAACUGUCCAUUUUAAAGACUCUCUGAUAUCCAAUGAGAAGAGUCCUGAACUUAUGUCUGACUCAGUAACCUUGAAGAAUAAAACAGAAUCAAGUCUUCUAACAAAAUUGGAAGAAACUAAAGUGUGUCAAGAACCAGAGAUUCCCGAAAGAAAGCACAGACAGUGGCAGUCUGCAAGAAAGCCAGAGUGUGUGAGCCAGAACCCUGCUGCAUUUUCACACCAGUGGCACAUUCCAGAUGCAACCCCGAAGGCUGAGAAAGAGAAGUGUACCACUGUUGAGCAACUUGCCCUUUCGGUUUCAAAGCAAUCACCACCGAUGUCAGUUCCUAAGUGGAUGGAUCGAAAGUCUGUCAGUGAGACACCUAGUAGCAAUUCCUUGGAUGAUUACAUGAGCUGUUUUAAGACUGCCGUUGUAAAGAAUGACUUUCCACCUGCCUGUCCAUCAUCCACACCAUACAGCCAGCUUGCCUGCCUGCAGCAGCAACAGCAGCAAGGACUCAGUACUCCUCUUCAGAACUUACAGAUUUCAGGAUCCCCAUCAAUGAACGAAUGCAUUUCGGUUAAAGGAAGAAUUUAUUCCAUACUAAAACAGAUAGGCAGUGGAGGUUCAAGUAAGGUGUUUCAGGUAUUGAAUGAGAAGAGACAUAUAUAUGCCAUCAAAUACGUGAACCUAGAAGACGCAGAUAGCCAAACUAUUGACAGCUACCGCAAUGAGAUAGCGUAUUUGAAUAAACUGCAGCAGCACUGUGAUAAGAUCAUUCGGCUUUAUGAUUAUGAAAUCACAGAACAGUACAUCUACAUGGUAAUGGAAUGUGGAAACAUUGACCUGAAUAGUUGGCUUAAAAAGAAAAAAUCCAUCAACCCAUGGGAACGCAAGAGCUACUGGAAAAACAUGUUGGAGGCAGUACACACAAUCCAUCAGCAUGGCAUUGUUCAUAGUGAUCUGAAGCCUGCUAACUUUGUAAUAGUUGAUGGAAUGCUAAAGCUAAUUGAUUUUGGGAUUGCAAACCAAAUGCAGCCAGAUACAACAAGUAUUGUUAAAGAUUCUCAGGUCGGUACAGUUAACUACAUGGCUCCAGAAGCUAUCAGAGAUAUGUCUUCUUCAAGAGAGAAUGGGAAAAUCAAGACCAAGAUAAGCCCCAGAAGUGAUGUUUGGUCCUUGGGGUGCAUUUUGUACUAUAUGACUUAUGGAAAAACACCAUUUCAGCAUAUCAUUAAUCAGAUCUCUAAACUGCAAGCCAUAAUUGACCCUAGUUAUGAAAUUGAAUUUCCUGAGAUUUCAGAGAAAGAUCUUCAAGACGUGCUAAAGUGCUGCUUAGUAAGGAACCCUAAAGAGAGGAUAUCCAUCCCUGAGCUCCUCGCACAUCCGUAUGUUCAAAUCUCCCACCCAGGCAACCAGAUGGCUAGGGAAACCACCGAUGAGAUGAAAUAUGUUCUGGGUCAACUUGUUGGUCUGAAUUCUCCUAACUCAAUUUUGAAAGCUGCAAAAACUUUAUAUGAGCGUUAUAAUUGUGGUGAAAGUCAAGAUUCUUCAUCAUCCAAGACUUUUGACAAGAAGAGAGAAAGAAAGUGAUGCACAGCUACUCACAACCAAAAACACUAAAUUAACUCACCUGCUCUAUGCUUGAGUCUCUGGAAAUCUACCUUAGGAAACAACCUUGCCUGGGUGUUCUCAGAAACAAACCUCAGGAGAUUAUCCUUGAAAGAAAACUGUAAACUUAACCACUAAUGGCACUGUACAUAUUAAAUUAUAGAGUUGCCCUUUUGUUUUAUGCUUUUCUGUAAAUGUAAUCUGUCUGGUAACAUUUCACACUUGAAGCAGUGGGUGGACAGCUGAAAUGUGGAAGACCUGUAAAUAAAGAGGAUGUUUUCUCUGAAGAUCUAUGUAAAUAAAGCUUUAUAGAAUGAGAGACA